AGAAACGGCGCGAGAGCGUUCUCGAGCGCUCAGCUGAGAGAGAGCUCGAGCGAGUUAAGCUGAUAGAGUUAGUCCGUCACCGUCAGAAGGAAACGAAGCAGGGGGAUAUAAACAUCCUCGAAAUGACGACAAAAACCUUCCUUGAUCGAAGCGGAUAUUCGUAACUCAACCCUGGACCCAGUUCGGUACCCGUGCAUGGCUUAGUAGGCGAGUUAUGCGCACUUGAAAAUGAGGGAGCUUGUGUUUUUUUCUCCCUCUUCGUCCAGCGAGAGGACAAGAUGGCAGCGCGAGCGCGUCGAGCAUGCAGCGGGUGCGAAUUAAGCCCGAACAUGUUCACUAAAGACCCGCAGUCUCACCACAGCUGCUGUCUGUGAAGGUAUGGCCUCACAGGUUACGGUCUGCCCACCACAUGUUUUUCAACCCCAGACAAGUGCCUUUUGCAGAGCGAAGAAAAUUGAUCCCAGCACCUGUGUUUACCAUGAAAAGAUCCCUCGCACUUACGUGGUUGGUGUGAAUCUAGGCAUCGCACACCCUACGGAUAUUAUUCCCUUAUCGAGAAUUGAAGAGCUGACCGUUGGGAAACCCUGUGUUUCAAGUGACUUCUCAAUAAAGACUGAACCCUCUUCAGCUCCCCUUGGAAGGGCUUCCUUGCCAUACAAAGGUGUGGAAUCGGAGUAUUUUUUCAGUGAGCCCGCAACAGUUAAAGAAGAAAGUGGAGACAGUGGCCAAAACAGCCAUAGUAGUAGUAGAAGUAGUGCUCUGGGAGGAGCGAGCGACAGCGAGGAAAGGAAAGGCGGUUUGAAUUCGGUCGACGGAACCCAAAAAUGUGGGUUUAAAUGCGAAGGUGAGGAGCUUAAGAACGGCAAGAGCAUCAUGCAGAUAGUAGAGGAGCAUUCGACUCUACCUGCCAUGUUGCAAACAAACGUCGGGAGCACGACCGCAGUGGGCGUGGCUCCGCCCGAGCAGAAUGGAACGCGGACGGGAGCCGUAAGCGGGACGGGCGACGGUGACUAUCAGUUGGUGCAACACGAGGUGCUGUGUUCAAUGAAGCACACUUACGAAGUGUUGGAAUUCUUGGGCCGUGGUACGUUUGGUCAGGUGGUCAAAUGUUGGAAAAGGGGCACGAAUGAGAUCGUGGCGGUGAAAAUACUCAAGAACCACCCGUCGUAUGCGCGCCAGGGCCAGAUCGAGGUCAGCAUCUUGGCCCGACUGAGCGGCGAGAACGCUGAGGAGCAUAACCUGGUGCGGGCCUUCGAGUGCUUUCAGCACAGGAACCACACCUGUCUGGUUUUCGAAAUGCUGGAGCAGAACCUGUAUGACUUCCUCAAGCAGAACAAGUUCAGUCCGUUGCCACUCAAGGUGAUUAGGCCCGUGUUGCAACAGGUGGCCAUGGCACUGAAGAAGCUCAAAAGCUUGGGCCUGAUCCAUGCAGAUCUUAAACCGGAGAACAUUAUGUUGGUAGAUCCUGCAAGACAACCCUUUCGUGUAAAAGUGAUUGACUUUGGCUCUGCCAGCCACGUCUCCAAAGCUGUGUGUUCGACGUACUUGCAGUCCCGCUAUUACAGGGCACCAGAGAUCAUCCUGGGCUUACCCUUCUGUGAGGCCAUAGACAUGUGGUCGCUGGGCUGCGUCAUUGCUGAGCUGUUCCUGGGCUGGCCGCUCUAUCCAGGAGCAUUGGAGUAUGACCAGAUUCGUUACAUCUCACAAACCCAAGGGUUGCCAGGAGAGCAGCUUUUAAACGUGGGAACAAAGACGGCCCGCUUCUUCUGCAAAGAGUCUGAUUCGCCAUACGCCGCCUGGAGACUAAAGACGACAGAAGAGCAUGAAACAGAAACGGGGCUGAAGUCCAAGGAAGCGAGGAAGUAUAUUUUCAGCUGCCUGGAUGACAUUGGACAUGUAAAUCUAAUGCUGAACAUGGAGGGAUGUGACCAGUUGGCGGACAAAGCAGACAGGAGAGAAUUCGUAGACCUGCUGAAGAUGAUGUUGAUGAUUGAUGCUGAUAAGAGAAUCGCCCCUUCAGAUGCACUUUCUCACCCUUUUGUCACUAUGCAGCACCUCCUGGACUUUCCACAUUGUAACCAUGUCCAGUCUUGUUUUCACAUCGUGGAUGCGUGUCACUCAAGAACCAGCUUAUAUGACACACUCAACCGCAACAAAGUUCCUCCUCUCAUGAAACCUGUGGCAAUUCCAAAUGCUCCAAACAUCACUGUCGCCUUCAACAAAAUGCCAUCUGUCCACUCUCAGGCUCUGCCUCCAUCUGCUCCCCCGGUGGUGCAUCCUGGAAUUCCCAUCCAGACAGGAAGUGCCCAGUUUGGUUGUAACGAGUCUUUUCAGCAGGCUCUCAUUCUCUGCCCUCCUACCCUUCAAGGAAUUCCUUCAAAUCCAGGUCAGCCUGCAGGCUAUUCUGUCAGAAUGGACAACACAAUUCCUCUGGUGACCCAAGCCCCAGCUAUCCAGCCCUUACCCAUGAGACCAGGAGUUAUAGCACAACAGCCGUGGUCCAACAGAACUCCACAGAUCUUGGUGCCAACUUGGCAACAAGUUCCACCACCUGCUACGAGCUUGGCAUCCGACGUGGUCGUAGGACCGCAGAGGCGAGGAGAUUGGGGGAAAGUGCGGCCACACAGUAGCCAUUACGGAUCUGUGAUGCCCCAGCCUAUUGUUCCCAACCAAAUGGCUGUGUCAGCCCAUCAGCCAAUAAACAUUGGCAUCGCGCAUGUUGUCUGGCCUCAGUCUGCUUCUAACAAGAGAAGCAAACCCAGUCAGAACAGAAGUAUGAAAGUGUCGCACUACACGGACACACAGCCCUCAGUGUGUCCAUCACCAAAGACGACGGACAGGCUGACAAACGCCGAACCGCAAAGGCAGAGGAUUUCUCCGGAAAGAGAGGUGCAGUCCCAGGUGAAGCAGGAACCAGAGCCGGCGGAGGACAUCGAAGGCUGUUGUAAGGCAGGAGCAGCCAAUCAGCAGAGACCGUCCAUUAGAGAGUCACCCAGCCCAGCGGUCAGCGUCAUUAGCAUAAGCAGCGGCACGGAUGAGGAGGAACAAGCACAGAGAUGCUCUCUUAAUAAGUGUAAAGGCAGUCCAGAUUGUGAGGCAUGCACGGGCUCUCUUAACAUCGAGCGAGUGUGUUCACUUAGCAGUCCUGAUAGCAGUCUGAGCACCAGCUCUUCAGCCUCGGCACAAUCCAGCCCCUCGCCGUGCAAAAGACCCAGCAGUAUAUCAGAAGACGAUGGCCAUGAAAGUGGGUGUGAAACGGUAGAUGGAUCUCCACCUUCAGACUCCUCCCUAGGCCCACAUGACAGCCCCUUCCCUGAAAGACGCUUUUUGACCAAUCAGAAUCAAAACCAGAAACCCCAGGCUAGGUGCGGACACCCCGAAACAAGGCAAAAUAAACCUGCGGCGAGGACCGUGGUGGUGCCACCGAUGAGAGUGCUGAAUAAUAAUCACUAUCCCAACAGUGAGCAGCACACAGCUGGCACAGUCUUCGACUCUUAUUGCCAGUCCAGAGGUCGCUGCGGCCCAGGACGACUGAGCCACCUUUCCACACCAACGCAGCCGCGCCAGCAAAAAAUCAACUCUUCAUUCCAACCACAGGCGCCAGGCUUUGGCCAGGUCUCUCUGUCCUUCUUACUUCUCUAUGAAAUCAAAACUGGAAAAGUGGCUGUCCAGCAUUACGGCUCUUGCCACAAGGAGUGGAACGGCAACUACCGACAGCCGCGCAGGCCGCAAGCCUACAUUCAUCCCACGGUGCACGGUCCCACCUUCCCUCUUCCCCACGGCAGCCCCACACACUCUGCCGGCCACCCGCCGCCACUCCUCUCCUAUCCGCCUUCCGGACCCGUGGCCCAUCUUUUGCCUUCGCCGUGCCCUCCGCCGGCCCCUCGGCCUGUCUUGCAACCCGCCUACAGCCUGGUGCACCACCAGGGCAUCAGCGUGGGCAUCAACCACAGGCUGCUCCCGUCGCCCACCCUGCUCCCGCAGGGGCAGUUCAAAGCCCUCUUUCCCCCGCACUCCUACGUGGCGUCACCCGUCUACGCAGGCUUCCCCCUCAGCCCCAGCAAACUCAGUCAGUACCCGUACAUCUGAUCUGCUGGAGCCCGCGACAGCCUCGCGCACGCAGCCAGCACUAAAAACACUUGAUAACCCAUGGGGUUUUCUUAUGAAGUUUCACAAUGAUGAUGCAAUUAAAAUAUUCAAGCUUUAUAGAUAUCAUGGAGAAUAAAACAAAAAUGAGAGAAACUCCCUUUUAAUGUGUUUUUGCACAUUUGAUACAAGACAAACCCCAAGUCAUUAGAUCCUCUGGAAUGCAGCAAAUCAUCGCCUGUCAUCACUUCCCCAGAUGUUUUGAUAUUGCCUUCAGAUGUGUGCGUAUUAGACACAGUAAGUUUUUCAUUAAGCCAUCGCCAUCUCAGGUGGCAAGGCCACACACACGUGCAUGCGUGCGUGCGAGACUCCCUCGUGUUAUCUGUCCGUAUUUUCGUAGUAGCCUUUUCUCUUCAGUGUUAAGACCGGUGUUGAAAAGGUUCUGUCACACUGCAUGUCGUCUCUGCAUGAGCAAAAACCAGUACUGGACUUCGAGAGGAAUGGCUGCGAACCAUUGCUCUUAAACCUCUGUGUAUAUGUUGUAUGACUUGCUGCAUUGAAUCCUGGGUUCAAUAAACAGUGCCUUAAAAUACAUGUCGUUGCAAGAUUAACCCGAGUCCCACUUGCAGUGCGUACAGGACUGCGGCACUUGAAAUUUUCAAUCGUUUGUCGUGAUUUUUAUAUUUAGGGCUGUUUCAUAGAUUAAUAAUAAUUUUGUGCUUGGUGUGUUAGCUAGCGUUAGCAUACGUAACGUAAUCUCUAGGUUCGGCAUCACAGUAAUUAUUAUUAUUAUUAUUUUAAUCAUCUUUCGAGUGACGUAGGAAUUCGUUUCAUUUGUUCUUCGACAUCUCACAUUAGAAUCACUGUAAAUGAUUUUGACGUGCGAUUGCUUAUUAAUAUUUUUUGGCUCAUGAAAUGACCUUUUUGUAUAACCGAUGGAGUAAUUUGGAUGAAAUUUCGUUAAAUGCCUUAGAGAUGAUUAAGUGCGUGCUGGGUAUUUUGCGGUGAGAUGAUGGUAGCAGAGAUAGAUGCGCGCUUCGCUGUAGCAGAAGCUUAUACGAAUGAACUAUGUACAGAAAUCGUUUGAGUACUUUCCUAUUUGAUAAUCUGUUUCUACUCUAAUAGUAUUUACACUGUUUAAUGAACUGCAAUACAAUCCAUAGUUUUGGGGUGUCGAUUUUAUUUCCUCUUCAUCUGUUUAUUUUUCGACUUAGAAGUGUUGUUGGUGUUGGAUUCGUACACUGCAGAUAGCUCUUCGGUGAUGAUAUUGUAUGGUUUAACGUUUGCUUCGUGCAGAAAUUUCAGUAUUUAGUAUCCAACUGUAAGUCUAUCAUUGCUGGAGUAUUCAGUGCUUUAUAAGACGAGAGUUUGACCGUGUGCAAUUUUCUUCGUAGAUGCAUGUGAUUAUUAUUUUUUCAUCGUUUAGCUUUCGUUGACGCUGGCUGUUUUUAUUUCGUACAUUCCGUCAGGGAGAAUAGCUUUUUCGGUCUCGUUUUAGUGUGAAUUUUUUGAGUUUUUACGUAUAGGUGCGUUUUGUUUUCCUUUGCUGUCACGUAAUUAUGCUUUCGCUACACCAAAGACAGUACUUCGUUUCUUAAGCAGAGUAGCUACUGUUUUAGCGUAGUCCUCAGAUGUAGAGUAGACGAAGCCGUAUUUAACGUACAAAAAAAAUCUAUGUAAAAAUGUUUGAGGUUGAUGUUUAGCUUUUUUGGGCAAGUUAUAUGACUUUGUUUCAUUUAUUCUUGAAUGUAUCAUAGAUAAGCUGCUAUAUACUGAUUGCCACUUCAUAAUAGCUGUGAAAUUAGAUGAUUAACUUUGUUCUUAGCCUACUUAUUUUUAUAUAUAUAUAUGUCUAAUUAUACCUUGAAAUAGAAGUGCGGUUUUUUGUUUGGUUUUACCGUACUGACUGGCAUCAGAAGCAUUUUAAUGCCUCUCUCUGUUUUUGCUUUCUUUUUAUGAAGUGUCAUUGUAACUACUGUAUUGUAAUGGAGUUUUUUGGGGGGUGGGUGGGGGGGUUGUGUGUGUGUGUGUGUGUGCGUGCGCGUGUGGGGUUUGUAUUCUUUUCCGUUUUGUUUGCAUCAGUGUUUUAUCUGUCGUUAUCUUGGGGCUAAUCUUACGUAUUAGAUGCAUAUUGGUGUAUAUCUAUCUUAGUACGUAUAUUUGCAUUUUGUUAAAGCAUAGCUUGCAGGAUAGAUUUAACUUUUUUGGUAUCUAUAUAAAAAACAAUUGUGUUAUACGAUCCUCUGUUAUCUCACCACAACAUUAAUUUCAGUGAAGAUGUUAGCACUUGCGAUAAGCUAGCCUUAUUUUGGGGUUUGGGUUGUGUCUCAUCUCUGUAACUACAUCGCUUAUAAUUGAUCAUUUUUGUUUUACCACCACACCCCCAAAUGCGAAAUAAUGAAGAUAUACAGAAAGUUUUAUCAGGUAUAAAUGGAAAAAAACAUGUGUUUGAGCUCCCACUUCAGAAAGACUGUUAAAGUAAGAGUUAUAAGGCCACGUGUUCUGCUUUGAACAGCGUCUUACUGUUGAUGUUUGUAUGGGCGUGUAAAGUCCUCGCUCUGAAAAAGAGCAACACUGCGCCAGUGCCUUUGAAACGUGCUUCAGACCUUUAUAUCCCUUUUACAAACACUGCCUCUCUUUCAUGUUCUCUUGCUCUGAAAGGACGAGGGAACGGUCUGAUCAGUGUUUGAUAAUUGAAACUGAAGUGCUGUUACCGACCAGUUGCUUAAAAGUAGAUCUCUCCUUAGCGUUAUAACCUGAUAACCAAUAGCAAGUUGGUGUUUCAGUGUAACUCGGUAGUCAUACACCAAGUAUGCAAUGCAGUCUAAGAUGUCUAUGAAAAUGGAUGUUUCUUUAAAUUGUGGGGAAACAAAUUCAGUCACUUUUUGGGGUCAUUUGUUUGUUUUAUGACCAACAACAAGAUACAAUAAUGAAAUGAAAUCAGGGAUUAUUAUUAUUGUUGUUGUUAUUAUUCUUAUUAUGCUGACUAAACACCCAAGACACGGUUUUCUUGUAUUUGGGAAGCUUUACAUAAAUACACUGUGAAUGUAAACGUCAACUUAUGGUUCACCACAAUAUUUAAACAUUUGUAAAAUUGAAUGAAUUAACCAUCGCGUUUCGUUUGACAUGAUGUGACGUUAACAAAGUUUAUUGCUUCGGGAUGGCCUGUUUCAAAAAUGUAAUAUAUUUUGGUUCACCCUAUAUCAGAAAUGUGAUUUUAUUCAGCAUGUAGCACUAGAGAUGAGUACUUAAAAUACUCAAGGGUGUGUUUUAUAAUUGUAUGAAUUUGUGGCGUAGACACAUUGCAGUUAAACAUUUCAAUAAUAAUGUCCAGGUCAGAGAUGACCCGUUUUCUUACAAAGUCCACCAAAACCCAACCUAAUUCACAUGAUGGAAACUUUUCAAAAAUGAUAUAGUUGUAGAGGGAUCUGCAAACAAAACUAAAGGUGAAUUUCUUUAAAAACACAUUCAAACCAAACAGUUUUAGUUGUUGUUGUUUUUAUUAUGAUUUUUAUUUGUUGUAAUGAGUUUUUUUCUUUUAGAAGAUCUUGUACCGUUGAUUCAGGGUUGCAUUUGUCAUAUGUGCUACUGUGUAACACUUGCCGUAAGAUUUGGGUUUGAUUGCUUUAGAUCGAUUUUUAACUCUUUGUAUUUUAGUAAAAGUUAAAUCUCACUGCAAGUUAUCAAGUAAUAUUUAGACUUAAGAGCAAACAGACUUGAUUUACUAAAUUUGAACUGUUACUGUUUUCAUAUAUGUAGAGUUUUGUGGCUUUAUGAUUUUUCUGUUUGCUUUUGAUUUCUAUGCUACAUUAGUUUGCCAUGUAGCCACUGCACUGUGCAAUAUUCACUAUAUGAGGACUGGGAAACUUUUUUGGAUGUAAUGUCUCUUACAGUUUGCGGUCGUAUUUCUCUCUAGUUCUCAGUGAUUUAUAUGUGACCAAGCCUUAUGUACUUUGUCACAAAAAGCGGGUUUUCCUGGUGACUAUUGGUGAGUGUCAAAUUAAAGAAAUUAUGGUGUAUUGUUAAAAUUCACUUUGAAUAAAAAUAUAUAUUGCUGCGGGCA